GUUUCCAUAGUCCUUAAUGCAUUGGAAACUUCAGUUGCGAUCGCGAGCGCGCAAACUGAAGGCACAUGCGCAAGCGGCUGGUGGAGGCCCUCCGAUAAAUGGAAUGACUGAAUUCGAGGAGCAAGCAAUUACAACUUUUGGGGCAGCAGCGGUGGAUGGAUUGCCGGGUGUUGCGACUUUGGGUCACCAGGUUUUGCCGUUGUAUUUAAAUACAGCUCAAGCUCCAGCUUCCUCGCCAACACCUACAGUCGCAUCGCCUCCUCCAGCUCCCUCACUAACAGUCGCAUCGUCUGCUCCAGCUUUUCCUGUUCUUUCUCUAAAUUUUUCUUCCUCACCAUCACCUCCAGAUUCCUUAUCACCUCCCAUCUUAUCUUCUCCUAUGCCAUCGCCUUUUUACAUCCCUUCUGAAAAGCAGUGCUACCAAAAAUGGAAGAUCGAGAAAAGCGAGAGGAGAAGGCCAUUGCUCUACAAAGGAAAAUUUUAGAGCAAAAUGUGCAGA